GGGAAUUCCGAGAAAUAUAAGGUAUGACACAGGAAAGGUCACAUCUAGCGUCAGUUCCUACAGCAAAGAUUUACGCAUAGGACUGGUCAGUAAACACAGGUGCAGGCUCACAGACAGUUGAUGAGAUAUCUACAGAGAUUUGGGUCACCAGAUUGACAAAAACCCCUUGGCUCUGUAUAUGUAACACCCUAUGAUGAAUCUCCUCAUCCAUAACUAAAGUUUGGAAACUAAAUAAUCUUCACAACUUGGGAAACACCAAGUUGUCAUGGAUACACCAAGUCGUCAACGGUUACGCCCUUGGCUUGAAGCCAAGAUUAACUCUAAUACAAUCCCUGGGCUUAAGUGGCUGAGCAGUUCCCAACAAAUAUUCAGGGUACCAUGGAAACAUGGUGGAAAACAUGACUGGCAUGAAGAGGACUCCUUGAUUUUUAAGGAAUGGGCCGUCCACACUGGACGUUAUCGAGAGGGAGUUGAUACUGCUGAGUGGCCCACCUGGAAAACACGUUUUAGGUGUGCCCUGAACAAACUACCUGACAUUACGGAAGUUAAGGAUAUGAGUUCCCUGGAUGGAGCAGAGCCUUACAGGGCCUACAAAUUCAUACCAAGGAGAGAUUCCAGACAGAACAGAAGUCCUCCUGGACUUAUAACAGCGCACACCUCUCCAGAGUUGGAACAAACGUUCGAACUACCAUUGCGAACUGAUGAUGAUAAACUAUUGCCUGACAUUGACCUUGACUUUUUCAAUGAAGUUACCACUAUGGAAGUAGAAGAUUAUCAUGGCAAUCUACACAAUGGCCAUCCUAGUCAGGUCCAUCCCCAUGUUGCUGUUGUUGUCCCGACAACCAAAAUGGAGGAUGCUCCGGUAUCUCCUGUCAUGGGAGAACUUGUCCCAGCCCCAUCAGGUGCACAUCUUGCUUCAAACCUUAGGGACCUAACACCCCUACAGUCAGAAGAAUUAGAAUAUGAAAUGGACAUAAAGUUGAUGUAUCGCCACUUGGAUGUGUAUCAGUCCACUUGUUGUAACGCAAAAGGUUGUCGCUUAUCCUACGGUCAGGAACCAGAGCUGGUGGACGGAUUACAUCAGGCAAUGUUUGGGCCUGAUGGAAUAGCAAACAUAUGCUUCCCUCCGUGUGAUGCGAUACUGAAGAACCAGAAACAAGUGUCCUUGACCAAUCAGCUGUUAAACGCCCUUGACCGAGGGGUCAUUCUGGAGUGUGAGAAUGGCAAUGUAUAUGCCACCAGGAAGUGCAAGUGUGUUGUGUUUGUGUCAUCACCAUCUUUAGAUGAUAGAAAGCCUGUCCGACUCCAGCGGGAUACAAAAACUCUCAUCUUUGAUUACAAAAACUACUUUGAACCAAUGGUACACCGAUAUUACCAUGGUUUCUCCAACAAACCAUCUCCAGAAAUCUUAUUUGGAUUUGGCCAAAACUGGCGAGCAAAUGAUCAGCCCCUGAGUAACCUUUUGAUUGCUGCUGUAGUGGGCUGUGCUAAAGCCAGACAUGUGCUCUCACAGAUCGGCAAUUAUUCAUUGCCAAUGGAGGUCUCCAAAUCUGACGACUUGGACAAAUUUUUAAAAUGUGCCAAAAUACAGGAAGAGCAGAAUUUCGCUCAAAAAAUGAAUGGAUAAAAUGAAAUCUUUGUAAAAAUAACAGUCAAUUUGUGCUAUUUGACCAUAAAUCCAUAAAUAUUUUUGAGUUGUGUGAAGGUCGUUUGAAGGUCAUUACUUCAAAGUUAUAUGAUCAUUGUUACUUCCAACAACGUGUGAUCAUUGAUUCUUUGAAAAUGUUUGAUCAUUUGUACUUUAAAGUUGUGUGAUCAUCGUUAGUUUGAAGUUGUGUAAAGGUCGUUAAUUUAAAGUUCUUUGAAGGUCGUUACUUUAAAGUUGUUUGAUCUUCAUUAGUGUAAAGCUGUGUGAAGAUUUUUAGGUUUAACAAUAACAGUAACGACCUUUAGAAACUGUCAAUGUUAUCAUUCAAGAUUUUUUCUGUGACAUCACUUAUUGGUAACAAUAAACUUUAGCACUAUAGUGAUGAAGUUGUCAAGCUUAAAUUUUAACAUUACACAUUUGAUGCAUAUAUAUAUGUUUUGUUUUUAAGAUGUAUUUACAGUCUGGUUUGUUCAAGUCCCAUGUUCUCAGGAUUGUGCUAUGUUUUCCAGUCUUGAAAUUUUUCAGUUUAAUGACUAGAUACAAAAUGAAAUUGUAAUGUUUUAAAUAAAUUGGUGCACAAAUGCUGUAACUCACUUUUUGGGGUGAGGGGUAUACUUUUUAUUUUCCAGACUAUACCUAUUGGUUUUAUCAAUGAAUAUUUGAAGUCCCGAUUGUGUGGAUACUUAAUUUCAAUAUUGAUUGUAAUUAUCUUUGAAAUGAAGUUUCGUAGAAAAUGUAAAUAAGCGAAUAAUUUCCGUGUAUUAAAUUAAAAACUGAACACUCUCAAAAAAAACGACUAACAGUAAGCUUUUCCAGGAUUCUGUUUUUUUUUAGGAAGGUUAGAAACAUUUUGUAACUAACAAGCUCAUCCUGGAAUUAUGGUGAUCUAGUGUAUAAGCUUUUUUUCUGAUGGAAAUUUGUAAAAUAUGGUGGAAAUGAUUUUUCUUUUUUUGUAUCAUGGAAAAUGUAAUAACAAAUAAUUGGAGAAAGGAAAAACAGUUUCUGUACUAGCAAGGCUCCAUUGUAUAAAGAAAUCAAGGUAUCCUCACUGGUGAGGCUCCACUGCAUACAGAAAUCAAGGUAUCCUCACUGGUGAGGUUCCACUGCAUACAGAAAACAAAGUGUCCACACUAGCGAGCGUUCAGUGUAUGUAGAUAUUAACUCUAACAAGUACUAGUGCUGUCACCAAUUCUCCAUUCACAGAGAACUAGUCCAAAGUGUAAUUUGAUAUGAAGUAUCCUUGGACCAAAGGGGUUCUAUUAAUAAUGAUCAUGUGAGGAAUUCCUAAGCCACAAAAAGUUAAAUUUUGUAUAAAUACAGGAUGAGGUCCCCCUAAGAGUAGACUUACAUGCAGGGAUAUCUAAUAGUGGAAGCUGAGACUGAAACAUUUUUACACCUUCUCAAGUUCGACUGCCAAUUUUGACCUACCCCGGACCCUAUGUUCUUAUUUUUUCAAGCCAAUUAGAAAUACAAAAUGGCCACCCUGAUCUCUGAUUAGCCGAGGCAUUUUCGACAUGUUUCCAAAUUCUAUCAGGCUGAUUUAGACAAUUGUUUUCACAUGUCAUCCUCUGUAGUUCCUGAACAAGUUUUCUUAUCUCUAAUACAUGUGUACAGUAUACAUUAGAAUGCAUGUCAACCUUGCCUCUCAUUGAACUUACCAGUAUACAUAAGUAUAACAUAAUCAUUAUAAUAGGAUUAUGAUCAUAUCCUUUCCAUUGAGAUGCAAAAAACGUUACUGUGUAAAGCAAUUUUGAUAUAAGGCUGUUCAUUUAGCAUUUAGACUGAUCUAUGUAGAUAUGAACCUCAUUUUUGAAGUAUGUUUACCAAGGGGUGGGCUUAUUACUGAAUAUGAGCUUAACACUGUUAGAAGUUAACAAGUUGUGGGCUUAUUACUGAACAAGACCUUAACACUGGUACAAGUAAACAAGGGGUGGGCUUAUUACUGAACAUGAGCUUAUUACAAGUCAAAUAGGGUACAGUAAAUGUUUCUAUAUACAGAAAAUAAUAUAUUUGAAUGUAUUUUCAAAUGGCCUCGAAAACAUGAAUGUUUGUAAAAGGUUUGACUACAAAGUGCUUAGUGAGUGUAUCAGGAACUGUAGAUUAUUUUGUAUUUUAGAUUUUAUGAAUCAUAAUGGGAAGGACGUUUGUCUCUUACAAAUACCAUGAUCAUCCAAACAUUGUUAUGUUUCCAUGUACAAAUCAGUUAUGAAAUGUACCCUAACAAUUGCAAAUCACUUUUGCAAGAGAUUUUUUUUGUCAUGAGGAAACACAUUCCUACAUUUAAUCUUCCAAAAAUAUUAUUCAAGGGAUAAUUAAAAUGAAAUGCUUACUUUCAAUUGAGCAUUCAAGUAAGUAUUCAUGGAUUAAACCUGUGCAGUUUUGUCCAGUAACAUAAAAUGUAUAUAAAAACAAGGCGUAUCAUGUAAAUAUAGAUGAAAAACCUACUGCAGAAGCAUUUUGAUUUCUUGUAAAUAACGACCCCUGUAAAUAAGUCUUUAGAGAAAGAGAGCAUAAUUAUAAAAAAAAAAUGGAGUCUGCCUCUUUUACCUCUUGGAUCUGUCUCCUGUACCAUUCAAUUAGCAUCCAUGUGUACAUAAUGUCUGUAUGUAAAUGAAGAUGUUGAAAAUAAACAAAAUGUAUUGCUUGCAAUUUUUUUUCUUGUUGAUAAUGUCAAGUGUAGUGAGAUUGGUUAAGUCCAUCUGGCUGAUCCUCCCUCCCAAUACCCUGUUUUUUUGUGGGUUUUUUUAAAGGCCGAUGGGCUUUUAUCAUUCUAGAUUACAUUUGUACUGUAUUUCACCUGUGAUAGAACAGAACCCUAUUUAACUGAUUUUACAAUGACAAUCACUUCCGAAACAAAUAUUUUUUUGCAUUGGGCUCAUUGAGAAGUAAGUCUAAGAGUUCAUUUGAAUACCUUUUUAUGGCCUUCACUACCUGAGAUUAUCACAAGUAAAAUAUGGUAAAUUGAAUUGAGUUUAUCUAUGAUUGUACCAUGUUCAUGAUGUAACAACAGUUUUCAUUGGUUAAUAAUCAUGUAUCAUAGAGCAAUAGAUGUGCACAUCCAUGUUCUAUCUGCCAUGUACAUGCAGUGCUCUUCCAAAAUCCUCCCCCGUUUUUAAUAUGAAAGCUGCAAUACUGGUUUGGGAUUAGUUUGCUUUGAGGAAUGCGGAUACACACAUGGAUGUGCAUUUCUAGUUGUUUCAAUAAGAUCACUAGCUGUAGUGUCCAGAACAGAUUAAAUCAGGUGCCUGUGGCUUGAUGGUCAAAGAAAAGGGACAUAGUUUGCUUAAGUUAAAGACCAGCCUACUGUAAAUAAUAUUAUAUCUGGUUUCAGCCGUAUAGAGGCACCGAGGUAGACACAAAAGCAGUUUUCAUUACAUUUUGAUAUGGUAGAACAGAUACCAUCACCAUGUAUUUAUACAUUACAGUAAACAAUCAAAUUUAAAUGUGUUUAUGAUUAUGUUACAUGUGACAUUUGUGUACAUAUAUGGUAGAUUAAAAUGUGUUUACCUGUGAAUAUUGUAUAUGACACUUCUAUAUGGUAAAUUAUAAGGUAUUAUCCUAUAGUUAUAGAUUUAACAUUUGUACAUGUCCAGUAAAUUGAAUUGUGUUUACCUCUGGUUAUUGAACCAGAAAGUUUUGGUGUGGGGGGAGGGGUAACAUUUAUUUGUAUAUGCAUGUCACAUAAUAACAUUUUGAAUGUGAUGUCAUGACAUACAGUGCAGUAAAGAUUAUCAAGAAUCAAAA